AUGGACUCUAACGAAUCUGCAGCACUCCCGGGCGUCUCUCCUUCCUCUCCAUCUGCAAAAAACGAAGAAGAAAAAGAAAUUAAAUAUGCGCAAACUCCAACACCUUCUGCUGCUGCUACAUCACCUUUAGGCAACCGACGACUUCUACCUGCAGCCUUCGUUGAUCAACCGCGAGGCGCUUGGCGCUCUUCGUUGCAUAUCUCUUCUUCUUCUUCUCCUUCUUCUCUUCCCCCCCCUUCUUCUUCUCUAUACACACAGCCGCUCACAGCCACACUGCCCGCCACCUUUGCUGCUGCUUCUGUAUUCAACAAAAGCAGCAUCAGCUGCAGCAGCACCAGCAGCGGAGUGCGAUUUCCUUCGGUCCUUCCGCCUGCUGCUGGUGUCCCCACUCGGCUGUCUGUACAGCCUCCCUCCACUGGAUUCCCGCCUCGUCUGGUGAAAGAAGAAGAAUAUAAUUUUAAAUCUUCUGCUUUUGCUGCUGGGAGCCCGACAUACCCUCUGCCGGUUCUUCUUUGCUCUCCUCUCCGACCCACAGGAAGAAAAGAAGUUCUCACCUCCCCAGCAGCAGCAGCAGCAACAGCAACAGCACCAGCAGCAGCAGGAGGGGCUCCCAGAGUCCAAAUCGUCGAGAUAGAGGCGAAGCCGCACCAGUACCAGCAGCACCAGCACCAGCAGCAGCAGCAGCAGCAGCAGCAGCAGCAGCUGCCCGGGUAUCCGUUUCAAGUUUAUGCGGCUCCUUCCUCUUAUCCUCGCCCUCUGCCUUUGACUUACCCAGCCUAUUCGCCAUCCCCUCCGGGUGUAUCGACAGUCGCGAGGUUUCGCCUGCCGCCUUCAAAUGCGCCGACUGCCUUUGUACUACCUAUGAAAGAAAUGGAGACCUGCACAAAGCUGCAGAGCAGACAUGCAUCUCCUUUCCUCACCACUUAUGUUCUUGAUGGGGCGCGGCCUCCUCAUCGUAGACGGAAUGUAGCUGCGGGGCGGAGGCGAAGUUUAUGCGAAGAGUUUGUACUGCCGUGUCUAGACACCUUAAUUGGUGCUCUUAGUAGAGUGUGCAACUGUUCAAAUGACCUAGACUUCUCUUCUUCUAAGAACCUUCCUCAAGCGAUGCUUCAUCAACAACUCCCUCCUACAGGCGACUCCGUCUGUCUGCGCUGCGGGGCCUUCGUUGAUUCACGAGCAAUAACAUCAGGCUGGACGGGUGCUGCUGCUGCUGCUGCAGGUGCGGGUGUAGGCACUGGGGCUUAUCAGCAGCAGCAGCAGCAGUCGUUUGGGGGCGGGAUGUUGUCUUCUUUCUUUUCUUCAUCUCAGACGCAGCAGCAGAACCAGCGAAACAAAGAAGGGAGAAUUCCUUUACCAACUUUUUCAUAUUCCUCUGCUGUUUCGCCUCGGGGGGUAAAUCAAUCAGACACAAAGAAGAAAGGAGAGAAAAAAAAAGAAGACGCAGCAACUCGAGCUGCCCGCCUCGGGCGUCUGCGGAGUUCUGCUCUGGGAUUCCCAACGGAUGAUGAGGGUUUGGUGGCUCUGCCGGCGUUCUCUUUAAAUGGAGCACGGUGA